AUGACUACGUUUGAUUUGGAAGAAUUCGUGGCUGAGCCAACGCACGUGGCGUUGGAGUUGUGUAGGAAAGUAGAUUUGCUGGAGAUAGCGCGACACUAUGCAAUCCCACUGUCCCCUGCGUUACGUGUGGGUGAGCUGAGGGAGGCUAUCCCGUCAGAGUUGGUGGCCAACGGGGUUGUGGUAUUGCCUGUGUCAAGCGAUCCAGUGGCAGGAGCGGCAGUGGGAGAUGCAGUGGUGUCCCCCGUGCGUCCUGGUGGAGAGCGCGUGGAGCAGCCGCAGCUGGGCUCUCCCGCGGCGCUGUUUGAGGAGGCUGAGGAGAAAUCUCCUGGUUUAGGGUUGCGCUCCCCUCGCGAUGUACGCGUGGAUGUGCGCAUUGCUCGUCUGAAGCACGAGAGGGAAAAAGAGGAGCGAGAGUUUCACUUGAAACGUGAAAUUGAGUUGAGGCGUAUAGAGGUAGAGGCUGCUACUGCUAGGGAAGUAGAGCUUCGAAAGCUGGAGGCUGACACCGCGGUAAAGAUGCGGCAAUUAGAAUUGCAUGCAGCGGGUCGCGGUCCAGCUCCCUUGUAG